CCGGCCCCGCGUUGCGCCCUCGGCGAGCGCCGCAGCUUGCAGGCGGCAGCCCGCGGCACCGGCUGCGCGCAUCGGUGGCUCUGUGGCAACUCGCGCAAGGUUCCAUCUGAAAGAAGUGAGCGGCAGAGUGCGUACAUGCCCGUGUGUGUAUAUGUAUCGCCAUGAAGCACCAGUCUAUCUCCCGAUGGCUGAGCCAGCUGGGACUGCCGCAAUACUGCACAGCAUUGGAGCAGGAAUAUGAUGGUGUAGAGGAUCUGCUCCACCUCUCAGAAUAUGACCUCCUGGAGCUUGGAGUGCACAAUCACCUCCACCGCCUGCACCUCCUCACUUCUCUACGCCUCCUCCAGGAGCGAGAGAGGAGGAGAGAGUUGAGGAUGAUGGCAGAGGGGCGUUUUGCGAGUUUGCCCAGGUCCCUCCAUGCACACCACACCCUGGAAGGAGGCACCGCCCACCCCGGAGCCCCCCCUCCCUCCCUCGGUGCCCCCAGCAGCAGCACCUACUCCUCCAGGAGGCUCCAGGCUUCCCUCGCCUCCUCCAUGGACCUCCUCAGCUCCAGACCUGGUCUCCCUCCAGGGCAGCGCACCGGCCUCUCGGAGCUGCCCACUGCUGCCUACCAGCCAGUCUCCAUUCACGGGACUCUGCCUCGACGCAAGAGGGGAGGUACCAACCUCGCCUGCGGGAACUACACCUGGGACCCCAGAGCCAAUCACACGCAGCCGUUAGUUUGCGGGAACACGUCACGGGCUCCUGGGCACGUCCAUCAACCUUUGACCUCUCCGCUGGUCCAAAAUAUCAUAGACAACUUCCACGGCUACAGGGAGCCUGCUGCCGGCCUGGAUGCCACGGUGGACUAUGUUAAGUUCUCCAGAGAUCAGUUCAUUCUGGACUGUCCUUCAGAGAAACUUCGCAGAGAGCUGGAGGAGGAACUGAAGAUGAACUGCGAGGAGCCGAGAAGCCAUGCAUGGUACCACGGAGCAAUUCCCAGACAGGUUGCAGAAAACUUGGUGCAGCGCGAUGGAGACUUCUUGAUCCGUGAUUCGCUGUCCAGCCCAGGAAGUUAUGUCCUGACUUGCCAAUGGCGAAAUGCUGCCCAGCACUUUAAAAUCAACAAGAAGGUAGUGAUGUUGAAUGAAGCCUACUCCAGGGUCGAGUACCGGCUGGAAAGAGAAGGCUUUGACAGUGUCCCUGCACUUAUUCGAUACUAUGUCGGCAACAGAAAACCUGUCUCACAGGUGGUAGGAGCCAUUAUCUUCCAGCCUAUCAACAGGGGCCUCCCGCUACGCUGCUUGGAAGAAAAGUACGGGUUGUCCGGCAGCCAUCGAGAGGCGGGGCUCAUGGCGCAAGAGAGACGGAAUCAGAAACGUCUCAGCCUCAACAUUACCAACGGGCACACGCACGACAACGCACACGCCGCGCACGACAGCACACACUGCCAGGACAACGGCGCGGGCCGAGGCAGCCAGCUCAGGUUGAAGGAUCGCUGUGGCAGCCAACCGGCAAGUCUCAAUCAGGUCCAGGAGAGGCGACGCCCGCUCAAGGCGCACCAGUCGGAGAGCUUCUUACCUCUCGGAUCCAGACCCCAGCCCCAGCAGCCUCCCGACCCGCUCCUCCCCAGCCCUAACCCCAAGUCUCCAGUGUUCCGGACGGGCAGUGAGCCGGUACUGAGCCCCUCUGUCCCACGGAGGUCAGCAGAGCCUCUGGCAGGCCAGGCGAUCCGGGGCUCCGACAGCCAGCUCUGUCCGAAACCGCCACCCAAACCCAGCAAAGUGCCGCUGGCUCGACUGUCUCGCUCCCCCUGCCCUCAGCCCCUGGUUCCCCCCUCCGGCCCCUCCAGCCACACGGACUUCUCCUCAGCCUCCCCCAUCUUCGCUCCACCUACCCUGGACUCCACAUGUGUGGAAAGUCCUCCUUCUAUGUGGAGGAGUGGAGUCACCACAGGUCCUCCUGUUCCCCCAGCGAAGCCCCUGAAGUUUCAUCAUCAGCUCAUCCCCGCAGACUCCCACAGCUCCUCCGCUUCUGUCAUUUCACCUCCUGAACCGGUUCAGUACCCGGAUUCAGAGGCGGUAACGGGACGGACCGAACGGCUACAGCCAAGCCCCGCAGACCUGAGCACCUGCAGCCCGCUGGAGUGGGAGGAGCCCGGCUCACCAAACUCUAUCACAGACAACGCCCUCGAACUUCAGCCGCCGCUGUUCAGCUACGUGGAGAGACUGAGGAGAGAGGGGGAGGGAGGGAGAGAGGACGAGGGGGAGGGGAAGGAGGCGGGAGGACGGAGAGGGCUGGACAGGAGCUCCUACCAUCACGCCAUCGCAGCCUUAGAAAACACCAGCGAAGAAGAGGAGGAGGACGCAGGGAGGGCGGAGGAGGAGGAGGAUAAGAGGAGGGACAAAGAGAGGAGCAGUUUCCAGCGGCCGGUCGUAGAGACUGAGUCGACGUUCAGACCAGCUGAGUUCGGAUCUCGACUUCUGCCGCCGGAAAACAAACCGCUGGAGAUGGUGGUGCUGAAGAGAGCGAAGGAGCUGCUGCUCAGCCACAAUCACCACAGCAUAGCCAGACACCUGCUGAUAGCCGACUGCCAGGUUGCGAGGAUACUCGGAGUGACUCCGGAUCUUAAAGGUCAGAUGGGCGUGUCCUCCGGUCUGGAGCUGGUGACGCUGCCGCACGGUGGCCAGCUGAGACUGGACCUGAUGGAAAGACACCACACCAUGGCGAUAGGCGUUGCCGUGGAUAUUCUGGGAUGUACCGGCAGCGUGGGGGAGCGUGCGUCCACGUUAAACCGCAUCAUCCUGGUCGCGUUGGAGCUGAAGGACACGGUGGGCGACCUGUUCGCUUUCACGGCCCUGAUGAAAGCUCUGGAACUGCCGCAGAUCAGCCGUCUGGAGGAAACACACGACUCAGAAAACACUCAAACCACUACACAGAAUCAGGCAUCUCGUAUCACUCGAUUCCAUGAUUCUGGUUUCCUCUACAGUUCAGUUUUAGCCUCCUCUCCUCCGCUGGUCUGCGUCCCCUUCCUGCUGCCUCUCCUCACUCUGAUGGAGCGUCCGUCGGUCACACCUGAGGGGGCGGAGCUCUGGGAGACCAGCGACCAGGGCUGCGACAUCAUGCUGCGCCACCUGGAGGCUGCGCGCGACGUCGCGAGCGACGCGCAGAGCUACACGGCCAACGCGCAGAAGAUCUUGCACGGGUUUCAGGUCGAUGAAGACAUGCUGGAGGUGUUUAAAACAGACUUCCAGCUGCGGCUGCUGUGGGGAAGCCGGGGCGCUUCAGUCAACCAAUCGGAUCGCUACAACAAAUUCAACCUCAUCCUCACUGCGUUGUCACGGAAACUAGAGCCCCCACCCAAGACACAAACCUUAAUCUGACUUCAUCCGAGCAACAGCGCGCAUACUGACGUACUCGAAUUAACAUCAGGCGAAUCAGAAACCAGCUGUGACGAAGGGAAGGUGAGGGGGGAACACCCCCAAACAAAGCAGGAAGUGAUCAGAGGACGACCUUUGUUGACCGUUAGCCUGAGGCAGCACCAGGAUUUCAGAACAUCCCGCACAGGCUCCGAUGUCCUGCAGGUGUAGUCGCCCGGAAGCCACCGAACUCAACGCUGCGGGUAACUGAGCUCAGUUUUACACAGACAGGCUCAAAAACUGACGCAACGAAGAGCAAGAACCAGGCGAGAGCCAGACGCUGGAACAGAAGCUCGGAGUCCUAUCAUUUCUCCCGACAACGCGCCAAUCUGGUGUUCUUGGUCUGUACGGGACCAGGUCUCCACACAACCUUGACAGAUCCUACAUUGUUUGAAAUCUCCAAGUCUCCUGAUGCUAUCUGUGCAAAGCAUUUUCAGGAUCCUCAUGUCACUGCGAAAGCUGCUGACACAGAAUUGGUGCAGACGUAUGGCUCUGGCUCCAAAGUAUUUUUCCACGUUAAAAGGUCCUACUACAGGCCUUAUGUUCCCUUUUUUUAAUAGAAAAAAAAUAUAUAUGGCGAUAUAUAUAUAUAUCUAUAUAUUCUGAAACUGUAUCAAGUAUCUCUUGUGCUCAUUCUGACUAAAAAAAAAAAAAAAACCUGCCUCGGUUUAACAAUUUAUUUUUCCUAUGCAGACUUUUCUCCUCUAACAAGCUUUCAUCAGAGCACGAGACUGGUAUCACGCCCCCCCGAACGUAGGUGUAGAGGAGGUGCCGAUGUUCAACAGACGGUUUUCAUCGAUUUGAUUCAGCAGCGUUGUGUUAAACUUGGUGACCGUGUGUUUUUCCAGAUAAUCCGCCAGGCCGUGAGAGGCCUGUAUGAGCCUAUGAGGUGGGUAAACUGUGUAAACUAAUAUUGUUGUGUAAUAUUAACAUCACCAACGUUAGAGAAAUGUGUACACUGUAUGUCACAUUGCACGUCCAUGGUUCCCUGUUAGUUCUGAUUACGUUUUACUCACCUCGAUUUCUGAUGAGAUCGGGAGACGCAGGAGCCACAAGUCAUCAAUGUCUUUUGGCAACAGAAGCCCUCAAAAUAAUGGUUAAAGUCGGAAUGAGGACUAAGCAGACGAGAGAGACUUAAAGAGGCACGUUGAUUUGGAAAUUUUGCCCUUUUCCCUGAACAGGCUCUUGCUUUAUUUUUACUCUGACAUUCCAGUUAAUUGAGAAUUUAUUUCAACAAGACUAAAAGAGAAAAAAAAAAAAACAGCAAAUAGCUCCACAUCUUCUGACGAGUACAUUAAGAGUGAAGUAUAACCCAAUUAAAACAUUUUAAAAAUGGGUCAUUUAAGUUAAAAAGGGAGGACACAUACCUACAAGGUCGAUGCCUGUGUAUAGUGUCUUGAUAGAGAUAAUAAGUGUAUUUAACAAUAUAAUGAAUGAUCGAGGCGUCAGGCUGUUCUUCACAUCUGGAGACUGUUGGCUGCACGUACACAAACAUUUAACUCUGUGCGACCUUUGACACUAAACCACCCGGUCAGUUUGUUGCUGGUUUAACAAGCGAAAAAAAAAACAAAAACAAA